UCCCUUCCUCUGCUUCUUUCCCUAAGCAGGCCUCCCUCCACUUGCCUUCUCAGAGCAGAUAAUGGCAAGCAUGGCUGCCGUGCUCACCUGGGCUCUGGCUCUCCUCUCAGCGUUUUCGGCCACCCAGGCACGGAAAGGCUUCUGGGACUACUUCCGCCAGACCAGUGGGGACAAAGGCAAGAUGGAGCAGAUCCAUCAGCAGAAGAUGGCUCGUGAGCCCGCGAGCCUGAAAGACAGCCUUGAGCAAGACCUCAACAAUAUGAACAAGUUCCUGGAAAAGCUGGGGCCUCUGAGUGGGAGCGAGGCUCCUCGGCUCCCACGGGACCCGGUGGGCAUGCGGCAGCAGCUGCAGGAGGAGUUGGAGGAGGUGAGGGCGCGCCUGCAGCCCUACAUGGCAGAGGCGCACGAGCUGGUGGGCUGGAAUUUGGAGGGCUUGCGGCAGCAGCUGAAGCCCUACACGAUGGAUCUGAUGGAACAGGUGGCCCUGCGCGUGCAGGAGCUGCAGGAGAAGUUGCGCGUGGUGGGAGAAGAUACCAAGGCCCAGCUGCUGGGGGGCGUGGGCGAGGCGGGGACUUUGCUGCAGGAACUGCAGAGCCGCGUGGUGCAACAUACCGGCCGUUUCAAAGAGCUCUUCCACCCGUACGCCGAGAGCCUGGUGAGCGGCAUUGGGCGCCACGUGCAGGAACUGCACCGCAGUGUGGCUCCGCACGCCCCCGCCAGCCCCGCGCGCCUCAGCCGCUGCGUGCAGGUGCUCUCCCGCAAACUCACACUCAAGGCCAAGGCUUUGCACGCACGCAUCCAACAGAACCUGGACCAGCUGCGCGAAGAGCUUAGCCGCGCCUUUGCAGGCACUGGGGCUGAGCAGGGGGCCGGCCCGGACCCGGAGAUGCUCUCCGAGGAGGUGCGUCAGAAACUCGAGGCUUUCCGCCAGGACACCUACCUGCAGAUCGCUGCCUUCACUCGUGCCAUCGACCAGGAGACUGAGGAAGUCCAGCAGCAGCUGGCACCACCUCCACCAGGCCACAGCGCCUUCGCCCCAGAGUUUGGACAAAUGGACAGUGACAAGGCCCUGAGCAAGCUGCAAGCCCGUCUGGAUGACCUGUGGGAAGACAUCGCCUACAGCCUUCAUGACCAGGGCCACAGCCAUCUGGAGGAGCCCUGAGGGUCUACUUCAGGCCUAUUCUCAGCUCCUUGUCUGGGGAGCCCUGACCCUGAGCCUCCAGCAUGGUUUAGUCCUUGAAAGUGGCCCAUUGGGUGGAGGGUGGAAGGUCCUGUGCAGGACAGGGAGGUCACCAAAGGGGCUGCUGCCUCUCGCAUAUCCAGCCUCCUGUGACUCCCCCAUCUGGAUGCAUUACACUCACCAGGCUUUGCAAA